UCAACAGUUCUCUACUCAGUUAAUUAGAACUCUUCCAAUCCUAUCACCUCGCCUCAAAAUGUCCAUCCCCACUAUGCAAUGGGCCCAGGUCGCCGAGAAGGUCGGCGGCCCGCUCGUCUACAAGCAGAUCCCCGUCCCUAAGCCCGGUCCCGACCAGAUCCUUGUGAAGAUCCGCUACUCUGGGGUUUGCCACACCGACCUACACGCUAUGAUGGGUCACUGGCCAAUCCCCGUCAAAAUGCCGCUCGUCGGUGGGCACGAAGGAGCAGGAAUCGUCGUGGCAAAGGGCGAACUGGUCCACGAAUUCGAGAUCGGCGACCAAGCUGGCAUCAAAUGGCUCAAUGGUUCCUGCGGAGAGUGCGAGUUCUGCCGCCAAUCGGACGACCCCCUCUGUGCACGCGCCCAGCUCUCUGGGUAUACUGUUGACGGCACGUUCCAGCAGUAUGCGCUCGGAAAGGCGAGUCAUGCGUCGAAGAUCCCUGCGGGCGUCCCGCUGGAUGCCGCGGCCCCAGUACUCUGUGCCGGUAUUACAGUGUACAAGGGAUUGAAAGAGGCCGGGGUCCGGCCGGGCCAGACCGUGGCGAUCGUGGGUGCCGGUGGCGGCCUGGGAUCCCUUGCACAGCAGUAUGCGAAGGCGAUGGGGAUCAGGGUUGUCGCGGUCGAUGGGGGAGAUGAGAAGCGGGCCAUGUGUGAGUCGCUUGGAACAGAGACAUAUGUCGACUUCACCAAAUCUAAAGACCUGGUGGCCGACGUCAAGGCAGCGACGCCGGAUGGUCUCGGUGCGCACGCGGUGAUCCUGCUUGCCGUGUCAGAGAAGCCCUUCCAGCAAGCCACUGAAUAUGUGCGCUCUCGCGGGACAAUUGUUGCUAUUGGCUUGCCGCCAGAUGCGUACCUCAAGGCCCCUGUGAUCAACACAGUUGUUCGCAUGAUCACUAUCAAGGGCAGCUACGUUGGAAACCGACAGGACGGUGUCGAGGCUCUGGACUUCUUCGCUCGCGGCCUGAUCAAGGCUCCGUUCAAGACGGCUCCUCUGAAGGAUCUGCCGAAGAUUUACGAGCUUAUGGAACAAGGCAGAAUCGCCGGUCGUUAUGUGCUAGAGAUGCCAGAAUAAGCGUUUCAACGGCCACGGGCUGGAACUACAAACACAAUCGUCAGAUGUUUCAUGUUUAUGAUGUCCAUGCUUGAUAUCUUUGUAUAUAGUUUUCAAUCAAGAUGGUACAAUGAUUUUGGCCUUGGUUCAACC